AACUCUAUCCCAGCUGUGACCAGGAGACCAUCCAAGGCCAUAAAUAGCCCUGGGAGGUCGCCCAGCCCUCUUAGCUGCUGGGAAGGAGAUGGAGCCGGGCUCGCUGGUGGCAUCUGGGGCAUUAAGGGCCCGGGGGGCCUGUCUGAGACCCCUGUGCAGGAAUUUUGCCCGCGGAUUCUGUCGAUGGGGCCAGAGCUGCCGCUUCUCGCACGACAGAAAGUCAGCCCACAUCUGCAGGCACUUCCAGAACGGGUUUUGCAGCUACGGAGAGCGGUGCGGCUAUGAGCACGUCCGAGAGGAGCCGGUGCCAGUGGGGAUCCGCUACGGCCCUGUGCCCCCCGUGCCCCCCGGGCGCAGGGGCUUGGAGCCUGGCCGUCCGCCUGCGGCAGUGGCCCGUGGCUGGGGGGGAGCCCGGCACAGCUCGGCUCGCCCUGUCCCCCGCGUGAUGCGCGUGGCCUUCAAGUUCGCGAGCAUGGAGGGUAAGGAGGAAGAGAAAAACAAGGACAACAUUCCAGCACCAGAUAACGUCCCCCGUGGGGCCGCUGGCGGAGAAUUUGUCCCUGCACAAGCUCAAGGUGCCUCAGGCUCCCAGCAGCGAGGGCUGGGACUGGAUCCCAAUUCUCCUGACUCCAGAGAGGCAGUGGUGGAGACAGUGACAUGGAGUAACCCCGCAGAGGUCCCCAAGGAGCUGGGCGCCGCGGCGGCCCCGGUCCCCAUCGCGGUGCUGAGGGCCCGGAGCGAGGUCGUGGUGUGCGGCAUCUGCAUGGAUCGGGUGUACGAGAAGCUGCUGCCGGAGGAGCGGCUCUUUGGGAUUCUCCCAAACUGCAGCCACGCGUACUGCGUGGGCUGCAUCCGCAAGUGGCGUCGCAGCCGGGACUUCCAGAGCACGGUCAUCAAGGCCUGCCCAGAAUGCCGGGUCACCUCCAGUUACUACAUCCCCCACAAAUACUGGGUUUCGGAUGCGAGCGAGAAGCAGCAGCUCAUCGAAACCUUCAAGGCGCGGACGGGGAAAAUCAGGUGCAAGUUUUUUGUCCAGAACCACGGUCACUGCCCGUUCAAAUCAGACUGCAUCUACCUGCACGAGCUGCCCGCCGGCCAGCUGCCGCAGCCCAGACAGCAGCAGCCGACGGUGCUCGUCGAGCUCAGCCCUUCUCCCUUGGAGGGCUCCGAUGAGGAGGACGAGAUGUUCUGCGCGCAUGAAUGGGCUCUCACCCUGACGCUGACUGAUAUGACCCUUCGGUACUUGCAUUGCGGCCAAGAGAUGCUCUUCAUCAACUUCAGCAACUCCAACUAAGCUGCAGGGUGCCCCGCUCAGCUUGGGUGCUGUUGGCGGCAAGGAAGUGUCCUCUGGAAGGGGGAAGCGUCUGCUUUUGAUGUGUUUAGCUGCUCCUGGCAUUGAUUUGGGGCGACUCCAGGCAUGAAGGGUGUUGCAGGGGUGGGGUGGGAUGGAGAAAUAGUCCGGCUGGUGUUUAUCAGCCAACCCCGUGUCGGUGGCUGAACCCCAAUGGCUCUCACAUCCCGUUCCCCUCAGGAAGUCAGGGAGCGGGGGGGUGACAGAGCUGCAGGGGUCUCAAGGCAGUGGGGCACAGCCACCCCCUUCUCUUGCCCUCACCUCCUUGGUGAGGGUGCCCUGCACCCAUG